AUGAGCGUAACGAUCGAAACAAUUCGGCGCAACCUUCGAGACGUGGAGGGCGAUGCACUCCGGACACGCAUGAGCGCUGUUGCAAACCUCAAAGACUUCCUCGUGCAGCCUAACGUUGUGCGGCACCUAGACGAACAGCUAUGGCGCCAGGUCUUUGAGUCCCUUUUCCUUUGCUUUUAUAAGGAGAAAGCCCAUGCUGAGAAGAAGGAAGUGGCGGCGCCGAUGAAGAGGAUGGAAUCAGUGGCGGACGUGAUACGAACGAUUGUCGACCAUGCCUACACUCAUCUCUUAUCCAAGAGCGUCAAGACAAUUAUCGACGGGGCCAUGAAGAACAUGAGAAACCAAGGAAACCUCAUUCCGGGCGUCGGUUUGUCGUUCCUCAAAAUUCUGACUUGCUUGGUACAGCACGGCCCUCAUGCGGACCAUCUCCCUCGGGACAAAUGGACAUCGCUGGUGGAACGAGCCUUUAACAUCCUUCUCGGGGACUCCCUCACAUAUAAAUUCAGCUACGAUACACCAGAAGAAAACGACCCUGACGAUUCAAACAUUCAGUCGUCUUCCAAGAGGCGAAAGUUGCAGAAUAGUCGUCGGAUUGUAUCUGCUUCUCCUGAACAGAUGCAGUGCGGCGAGCUCCUUGUCGCACUCAUGCGUAUCCCUUCUGCAAACGACUAUAUCCUUAAUGCCGACACGCCCCAGCUUGCUUCAUCUAUCCUUCAUCGUUUAUACCGAUACCUCGAGCUGUACUCUAAGCCCAGCUCUGACUAUCUGAAACUUCUCCUCGCUGCACUUUCUCAUAUUGCGUUGAACCGCCGGCAUGCUACCGUAGAUUUCGCUCGGAAAGCAUGGCAACACUUGACAGUCGCCUCUGUAUGGGGUAUGAAGGAGAGCAAUAUGCUGCCAGACCUUAUUUCCGUUCUUCACGUCUUGUAUCCUUUCAUAACUGCAACAGACCCAGAUGACACCUAUGCGUGGACAGCUGACCUUUGGGAUACGUUGGACAGAAUGAAAGACGCUCCUGGUUGCAAAUGGAGCGAGUUUUCAAUCGACUCACUGAGGUUGAGCUUCAGUGACUUGCUAUCCGGUGAUGACGAAGAGGAGCGGAAGGAUGGGGCAUUUGUGGCAAGGUCAUUUCGUGUUGGCCAAAAGUUUGGUCAUGUGCAAGCAUUUCUUUGGACGGCAUUGAAGCUUCAGGCCGAUGCUGUAGCGAAGCUUUAUUUGCUUCGUGAAUCUAUGGUUUCAGUCGAUCGCAGUCGAAAGAAGCGGUCUCGAUUGAACCAGGACAAAGAUGAGCACGACCCGAUGAGCGAGAUUCUGAAGGAUAUAGAACUCAAUUCCGUUCUUGCCUUUCAACGGCUCCUGUUCAUCAUCGACUACCACUGGUCUGUUUUGCAUGGCGAUCUCCAGAGACGGUUGAUUACACUGUUGUUGGGAGCCCUUCAAGUGGACAACAGCAUGAUUCAGUCAUGGGCAUUUCUAUGCAUUGCCAGUAUAGCUCAUGCCGAUUGUCUGGAAAGUCGGUUACCAACAUCGGGAGGCUCCUCUACUGAUCGCACAUUGAUCUGUGAUCAAAUGGUUUGGGAGACAAUAUGGACUAACUGCCAUGCGACAGCUCUAUUACUGCACGUUGAUUCUCAUACUCACAAGUUCACCCAUCCACCUCUCCACGCGCCACACAUUCUGGCGGAUAUCGAGACGCUUACCAAAGAUCUCGAAGUCCAAGGCCCUAACUAUCCCUAUGACUCUGUAUGCUCAUUCCUUUCUCGUUGUCUGGUCAUGGCGAGCCAGGACAUCCGAUGCUGGAAGCUAGGGCGCAUAGUUGAAGGAGAGAUGCCAUGUUACAUGGUUAAGGAUCUGAUCCACCUGCUAGAGACUGUGUGCGGAUUUUCGAGGCGAACAGACGUCGUAUGCAGGGCAAUCCUUCCGGUUUCUGAACUUGUUCAAGUAGUUGAGCAGGAGAAGCGGACGCAAGUCAUUCGGGAUUUUCUACUGGAUGCCAAGCUGCCGCAGUUCGUUCCCUCUAAUGAUGGAGCGAAGGCGUCCCCUUCCUACCGCUCCGAACCUCUUCCCCAGGAAAUAGCACUUCUAGCCAUGGGGCACCGACAACGACGGUUAUCGAAAUUUAUGUUAGAACUACUGGAGCAUAUACAUCAGAAAUGGAAGGUCCGGAUGGAAGCAAAGCGGCCUCACUCUGCUACAGGCGUACGGCUCUGCUUGGACUUCGCGGUCAUAGCAUUUUGCUUCCAAUGUUCCCUCAUUCAUAAUGGUAUGCAGUUAGACAUCCUCACUAUCAAGGAAGCAGGGAAGGUCAUCGCCUUACUGCUGCCUUUGUUACGGGAGACUCCGUGGACGACGGCGGAAAAGGCAGUUGUCAUUCAGGCUUUGGAACCACUGAUAUCCACGGAGGAGCCCCGCGCCGACGACAUACCUUUUGUCGAUCUCUUACCUCCAGAUAUCAAUUCAGGAAUCAGGGCUCGGGUGCUACAGGAUUUGGUGUCCGACCCGCAGCAGCAUAUUGACCGAAAACGCUCUAGUAGGAUGGAUUUUCAGAGAAUAAUUUGGCGUACUCUUGAAGCCGAUCACCUCCAAGUUGUGAAAGCUACGAUGCUUGACAUGCUGCGUAUCCUGGCUGGACAUCAAUUACAGGAGGAUGCCAUGGACGUUGACUUUGGGCCCGUAAGAACCGGUUCAAGGCAGCUGUCUGAUUGGGACGACUGUUGCCAACGAGAGCCUACUCGUGACAAUGAACUUUCGAGUAUUGUGCUCGGUUGCAAAGAGGACCAUUCCGACAGAUUCAUUUUGCUUUGUUCGGUCCUUGGCGAGAAGUUUCGGUGCAAGACUCUCCAUCUUGGGGUCGAAGACCUGAAGAAAUUCUUGGCCGUUAUCGUCGACCUGUCCGACAAAUAUCCCUACACAAGAGACGAAAAAUAUCAGUUGCUAGUCGGUCAUUUUUUGGAAUCGAUCCUUCUCAUCUGGAUUCCUAUCAAUGAAGCAGAUGGUCCCAAUAGUGAGCAUGGUGGACAACUACUAUCACAAAUGGCUCGAGCGUUGAAGGUUGGCGUUAUCAAGUCUUGGAAAGUUCGUGACACACUCGUACGGUUGUACGAUAGGUUUGUCACGAUCCCUAAUGAUGUUGAAGCCUCCCCGGACACUCUUCUACCAUUUGUGGGCGGAGACUGCGAUAUACGCGUUCGUUUUCGUGCGGCAGUUGCCAACGCGCAUCUUUUUUCCUUCGCCCAGAAAACCGAGAGAGAUCCGAAUUCAGUGUAUGCCAGUAUCAAAGGUCAUUAUGUGAUCGAUCUUGAUGACUAUGAGGGUAUGCUUACUCGCAUGCUAUCGCUAGCAAAUAUCAUCAUUGUUAGCUCGGCUGCAAGGCGGUUGUCGUAUUGGCAUCUCAUAGAGCCUGCAUUGUUUGAAGAUACAUUCUCCACCCACAUUGAGGCCAUCUUGCGCAGCGUUACGCAGAGACUCGGUUUAGCCUCACCUUCUCAGCUCUUCGAAGCUUAUGGAUCUUCACUGGCAUAUUCUAUCAUCGCUGCGAAGAAGGAUGGCCUCACAUUCCCUCCCCAUAUUCUAGGGUACAGCGACCGCAAAGAGUGCGCCUUUGCUACCUUUCCAUUAUUCACUCCUUCAAAUGUGUUGGCGGAGACUGCCGGUGACCCCGCCACCGCAGUUCUCGGACAGCGACAAUUCGAGAAUCACUGUAAAGUGAUCCAAAAGCCCAUUGCCGAUGGCAUUCGAGACUGUUUUGGAGAUAUUGUUGGCCAGCACUUGCUGUCGAAGCCUCCCAGCUCAAGUCCAGAUGAAGGUACUCUUGACACUCUCCUGUUACAAAGGACAAGAGUCGAGAGUGCAACUCUUUUUUAUGCGCUCCUUGCUUCCAAGCUAGAUACCGUUGUUUCAGCAAUCUUGUGCACCAUGCUUGACUAUGAUGUUUCACCCACUGGGGCCAUUGUUACCGCCCUUCGCAGCCUCGACGUUAAGAAGACGGGGAAACGGGCACAGAUCUUCAUUGCACUGGUAGAAUAUCGCACGGUGGAGGAUUUCAUCACCCAUCAGCCCACUCUUCCAUGCUAUACGGUUUCCACCAUCUUGCAUUGUCUGGAAUGGCUACGGGGCACCGCUUCAUGGAAGGAACACGAAAAGGCUUUGACAUACCAUGUCCUCCAAGAUCUUUUCGCCGGGAUUGAAAAGUCAUUUCUGGUCAACGAACAGGUUCGUUUCAUGAACAGCAUUUGCGUGUGGGUUGCAUACCUCCAUGAGGUGUUUGACAAUGCGACACUUUUACAUGUCCUAAUGCGUGGUGCCAUAUCUCUGAUGCGCCAUUCGGAUCUCGCUCGUGGUGCUCAAUCAAUUCUCAACUGGUCUUUCACGAUGUAUCGUCAGCAGGCGCAGACUAAUCGUCGUUUCCCUGACAUUCUAAUCCGAGAAUUGGGACAUGAUCUUCGUCAAUGGAUUGACGAACAGGCUCUCAUGGUGGCUCAAGUCGCCCAGCUUGAAUAUCAAGUGCUACUCGCUCUCCCUGCGUGGUCCCAUAGGCCUGAAGGAGAGCUUGCAGAACUUUACACCGCGAUUGGUGCUUCAUCAGUAUCGCAUGCACUCAACGACAACGCCAUAACGUCGAACAAAUUCAGACUUGUAGUUCGCCUUGGCGACCACGCAAAUCGAAACGAGUACGAUGAAGACGAAUUCGCAAACAGAGAUUUCUGGCGAUUGAAGGAGAGCAUUCCGAAGUCCAAUCGCCUAAAUCGCGAGGAUGUUGAUGCCUUUGCUAACCUACUCAUAUGGAACAAGGGGCUUAUCCGCGGGUUCGGAAGUGAUCUUUCUACUUCAGGAAGGAAGCGUGAAACAUCCCGAGCAGAUCCUUUUGUUGCCAUUAUCUCUUCCCUCCUGAAAUUACUUGGGGGAAGUGAUGUUUCUCGCCGACAUACUGUAUACCGCACCCUGCGAGCCAUCGCUGGUGUUGCAGAAUUUUCUGCGCAGGAUAAAGGAUUUGCGGAAGAAGUUGGCUACCUCCAAGAUUUCCCUUUCGACCCAAUAUCCCGACCCACUGUUGAUAUAAACGAACUCUCAUCCGAGGCUUAUCUAGAAUCUUCUAAAGAUUUCGCCUCGUGGAUAGGCCUUAUCUGCACACUCCUCAGCGACCUUUCUUCCAGUACAAAUGCUUACUUCGCCCAAAUCAGCCCUGUUCUCAAGUCAGAUGCCCUCUUUGCUGAGGAUAUGUUGCCAAUACUCGUUCAAUAUCUCUUGCAAAGGACAGACCAUCAGAUGUAUCGUGAAACUCUUUCUCGUUACUUCGAAUCAAUUCUUCGCUUCGAGUACGCAGCGAUGCCAUGCGUGCGCUCCAUCAUCGAUAUCGUUCUUCAUCUACGCCAGAUUCCACCACCUCAGCCAUCGAGCGACCUUCUUGGGUACAAUAAAUGGCUCACCAUCGACUUUGUCCUUUUGGCACGGAAUGCGAUCACUUGCGGUUCAUACACCACUGCCCUUCUGUUUUUGGAGCUUGCCGCCGAGAACGGGAGCCGAAAUCUUGCCGAAGAUGCACUCGUGGAACAGAUAAUGUACCACAUCUACAGUAACAUCGAUGAGCCUGACGGAUUUUACGGGAUCAAGCCUCUAGACCUUCGAAAAUUUCUGAUCAACUGUUUCCACCAUGAGAACCAAUGGGACAAGGCAUUUCGUUUCCACGGGGCCGCUCUAGAAGCUGGGAGCAAGAACCCUCGAGACAUGGAGGGCUUGCUUCAAUCCAUUCAUUCAUUUGGUUUCAAUCAUCUUGCAAAUACAACCUCACAGAAUUUUUAUGGGGAUACGUCCACCUGCAUGAACUAUCAAUUAGGCUGGAGGACGGAAACAUGGGAUUUACCUGAACGAGAACAGGAGCAGAGCUCAGACGCCUCGCUCUAUUUUGCUUUGCGUGCUAUUCAUGUCCAAAGGGAUCAGGAAGUCGGACGUGACGUUGUUCGCCUUUCGAUGUUCCGAGAAAUGGAAAGACUGCGCAAUUUGGGUUCGGAGAAUGUUGCUCAGAUUCGAGAAGUGAUCCAGAAUCUAGUAUGCCUUUAUCAGAUUUCGCAAUGGACGUACGAGCCUUUUCCGACGUUAGUGUCGUCAAAGGACACUGAUCUGAGAAAAUGGGCUCCAUUCACAGUAGUUGAACCGGGUAUUGAAUUCCGCCUUGUGGAAAGUAUUAUGGCCACCAGAGUGUCUAUCGUUCGUUCUGUCCGACGAAGAGAGGAACGUCAACAAAUGGGUGAUAUGACAUCUGAUUUCAUACAGACAUUGCGAGAAGUUGAAAAGCAAUGCCUCCUGCAUGUCUCACAGGUAGCCCGCCGCGAACAACAAGUACAGAUCGCUUUAAACUCUGUCAUUCGCGCAGAGACGUUAGUGAACCCUGUUACUUUCGACGUAUCUGAGGAGUUCGCCUGUGUGCUUUGGGCACAAAAUGAAGAAAAGCGUGCCGUGGAAUUCUUGAGGGGUCUUCGAGAUAGCCAAUCUGCUCCCCUGCAAGAUGCUUCGAAACUAGCCGCUAUGAACGCGUGCUUGGGUACGUGGACGGCGGAAGCAUGCUUGGAAAAACCAUCUGUCAUUUGGAGGGACUUCUUUCUUCCUGCCUCCGAAAUUAUCGCGAACUGUGCGAAUCGGACAAACAGUGAUUCUUGCGCUGCCGUAUAUCACGCUUGUGCUAUUUUUGCAGCACAGCAGUAUCAGGCUAUCGUCAAGUCACCAGACAGUAUCCGGUUGAAGGUUUACGUUCAGCGCAAGCAGCAGGAAAUCGAGAACCGCACAUCGCAGAGGUCGAGGUCCGGUGCAGAGCUCCGGGAGCUGGAAAAGGCUAAGCUAGUUUUGGAGCACGAUACAGCACAUUAUGGGCAAAUUCUCCACGAGCGUGGCACCUUCCUUGAACAUGCAAUUACGAUGUAUGCACGUUGUCUGAUCAUGUCUGAUCAGUUUGACGAUGACGCUCCGAUUCGUCUUUGUUCCUUGUGGCUUGCCAACUUUGACCAGGAGAACUUACAAGCCGCUGUUGCAGCCUCAAUCAGAAAAGUUCCCUCGCGGAAGUUUCUCUUCUUGGCUCAUCAACUCUCCGCAAGAUUAUCAUACAAAGACGGGUCCGACGCUCAGCAAACUCUGAAACACAUGAUGAUGCGCAUGUGUACCGAGCACCCGUUUCACAGCCUGUACCAGGUGUUCUGCCUGAAAACCGAAACAGGCGGCACAACGAAAACUACCUCAUCUCAAAGAGAAAUCUGGGCCGAUCGUAGAGCCGCUGCUAUUGAUAUUUUCAAGAAGCUGUCGACAAACAAUCAGCCCAAUAUCGUGAGGCGUACUCAGGAUGUCAAUAUCCUCUGCGAAGCGUCGGUGGGAUGGGCCACUUACGGUAUCAAGAAUGACCCGAAGUAUGCAAAAAGUCCUCACAAGGACGGGCACUUCCCUUUACCUAACGUGGACGGACUCAAGAUUCUCAAACUUGCUGGUCCGAGGAAUGGAAAACAUCUCGAUGCACCGAUAAUGACUGCGCAUAUUCCAAUUGAUCUUACCAUGAAGUAUGAAUCUUGUCCUUGGUUUAACCAUUUCGAAACGGUCUUCUACACUGCUGGAGGCAUCAACCUCCCCAAAAUCACUACAUGUUUUGACAUUCAUGGGAAACCGUAUAAACAACUAUUUAAAGGUGAAGGCAACGAUGAUCUACGCCAGGAUGCUGUUAUGGAGCAAGUCUUCGACCUUGUCAACGUCGUGCUUGAUCACGACCGAGAGACCAAACGGCGGAAUCUCCAUGUGCGCUCUUACAAAGUGAUACCCCUUUCAUCCCAAGCUGGCGUCCUCGAAUUCGUCCUAAACACAUCACCCAUGCGCAGCUGGCUAGUUCCUGCUCAUUCCAGAUAUGGUCCCAAGAUGAGCAAGGGAGGUCCAGCAGCACAGUUGGGGAAAGCACAAGCCAAGAAUGAUCUUCAAGGGAUCCUCGCGGAAUUCAACGAUAUCGUUACUCGCCAUCCCCCAGUCAUGCGGCACUAUUUUACCGAGCGACACAAAUCACCGACAGCGUGGUUCACGAUGCGGUUGAAUUACACUCGGAGCGUUGCUACGACGUCCAUCGUCGGACACGUCCUUGGGCUCGGAGACCGACAUACGUCCAAUAUUCUUAUGGACAACUCUUCUGGUGCCGUGGUCCACAUCGAUUUGGGUAUCGCAUUCGACCAGGGUAAGCUGUUACGCGUCCCUGAGCGUGUUCCGUUCCGCAUGACACCCGACAUGGUCGAUGGGAUGGGUAUCGCUGGGACCAACGGGGUCUUCCAACGGUGUGCCGAGGAAACGCUGCGAGUGCUCCGAGAGGGAAGCGACGUGAUCAUGACCAUCCUCGAGGUGUUCCGGUAUGAUCCACUCCACACGUGGACGAUGAGCGACUACAAGGUGAAGGCGGCCCAGCCAACCGAUUCUAACCCAAAUGGGAAUACCAUCAUGGCGGAUCAGAUGCACAAGCCUUUGAUGGGGAUCGGGAUUGAUAUGAGUAGCGGCGGGGCAGAAGAAGCGGCGGAUCGCGCCCUAAGUGGUGUAGCGCGCAAGUUGGAAAAGACACUAAGCGUGGCGUCGACUGUCAGCGGGCUCGUGACGGAGGCGAAGGACCCGGAGAAUCUCAGUCAGAUGUUUCCAGGUUGGCAGCCAUGGCUAUAA